AGCAAUAUCUGUACAACAAGGUUUAAAUUCUUGAAUACUGAGGGUGCACCGGUAAUAAAAAGCGAACGAUUUUGAUUCGGUUUCGAGGUGAAAGUUUGGUACACAUUAUUGGUGUGCCAUGUGUACGUGCAUUUCACGUUUUUAGCACAGUUUUUUACCUCUUGGACAACUGUGGGUGGGUUAUUUCUUUCUUAACAAAGUUAUUUACUUGUGACACUCUUAGAAAUCUGAUAAUAAAUAAUUUACACUGGAUUUUAAGCAAGAGUGAUAAAUUAUCACGGUUUGGUAAUAAGUUGUCUGGCUAAGCUGUUUGGUAUAAGUUGGUAAUAAGUUGUAAUAAGUUGAUGUGGCCCGCAUGCAGAGAUACUGAUUAACGAAUCUCGAUUAAUGAAUUAAGGAAAUUGAGCUUAAGAAUUAAUUAAUCAAUAACCCCGUAAAAUAUUUUAUGUAACUAAUCUUUAAUCUUUAAUCCAGAUAAAAAUUUUGAAUGGAAUUAAAGAUGGUAAAAAAAUAUCACCCAGAACUAUAUCAAUAUAUACUCGAUUACUGCAUUGUAGAAUUACAGGUUUAAAUUUUUUUAAAGGGUCCCCAGAUUUCUUAGAGUGUACCACUAUUAGUUCAAGUCUGGUAAAUCGGUGCGUUCCCUUAUUAUAAAAAUUUUAUAGCCAAAACACAACCACGAUUAUGUAAGAUUAUCUAUCCGUCGCUUUUUAACCAUUCACCCUCUGUUCAGUACUGUCAUACAUAUUUUGUCUCAUUUUAAUAUUUUUGAUCAUUAUGUAAAUGUCUUAUGAAACUCCUCUCUCUUGUCCAAUUUUGCCCAGCAAGUUCAACUUGCUCCGCACUCUCAGGCCAGCCGUCAGCCAGCACGGAAGCCAAAUUAGUCACUCUUCAACAAUCAAUUCAAUACAUUUAUGAGAGUCAAUUCGGUCUUAAUCUGUAAACCAUUAGUUUUUCUUGACCAUUAAAUUGUAACUUAACAUCAAAAUUAAAACGCCCCCAUUUGUGCUUUACACAUUAUUAACAUCAAAGUUUUCCACUAUUCACAAUUACACAUAUAACAUCCUCAUCCAAAGUCACACAAUUACCAUUCACAGACCACACCCUUCUUCACCCUCUGUAUUUAAGGGCUUUAAAUAACUCAGCGUAUGAUGAGUGCAGCAAGCCCAUGCAAAUAAAUAGAUAAAACUGCCCAGAAAAUCCGAAGAAUAAUCGUGCCGUCAAUAUUGUGCUAGACUUUAACAAACGAGUUUGAAUCCUUUCCACAAGUUUCCGAAAACACUAUUUACUAUGACACAAAUCAAGAAACACCUAUUAACCAAAGAGGUUCAAGACAAUCUUAUGAAAAUGUCUGAAAAGUUAUCUCUUAUCAGUAAUAUGGCAUUGGUCAAACAAAUUUAUCUCAAUGCGACGGGAAUGGAAUUAACGAAAGAAGAAUUUCUCCACGUGGCGCGAAUCAUGUCGCCGUUCGUGACAGCGUUGGAUGUCGACAUUUUAUUCUUAUUGUGCGAAUCACCCCAUACAAAAACUGGUCAAAUUAAGAACCCUGAUGCACACGGAAUCCAACCAGAACACUAUUUGAACCUUGUAAGGAAAACAUUUGCGGAUUUGAAAGCCUUUGAAAGACCGGAAUAUCGCGUGGUUGGAGAGGUUAUUCCGGAAGGUGUAGUCCGAUUCACGGUGGGGGCCUUGGCGGGGGUUGUCGGAGCCACCGCCGUUUUUCCGGUUGACGUGGUUAAAACCAGGAUGCAAAAUCAGAGGAGCGGAAGAGGAGAAUUAAUGUACAGAUCAAGUAUUGACUGUUUUGGUAAAGUUAUACGACACGAAGGAUUUGGAGGCAUGUACCGAGGCCUUGUCCCACAACUGGUGGGAGUCGUGCCUGCAAAGGCGAUUAGAUUGAGGGUCAAUGACUUCGUUCGAGAUAAAUUGAAAAAGAAAAAGAAAAAUACGAUGCCGAUCUGGUGUGAAGUGAUGGCCGGUGCGUCCGCUGGGGCGAGUCAAGUUGCCGUUACGAACCCGGUUGAAAUUGUAAAAAUUCGGUUACAAGUUGCCGGUGAAAUGCAUAUUCGAGGGAAGAUUGGUGGGUGGAGCGUCCUUAAAGAGUUAGGAUUCUCGGGAUUGUAUAAGGGCUCUGCGGCAUGUUUUCUUAGAGAUGUCCCCUUCUCGGCGAUCUUCUUCCCCGUGUACGCUCAUGCUAAAGUGAAAUUUCAAACCGAUACUGGUCACAACGCCCCGUGGACAUUGUUCAUAUCUGGAAUUAUUGCGGGUGUUCCGGCCGCUGGUCUCGUUACACCGGCGGAUGUGGUCAAAACUCGGUUGCAAGUUGUACCCCUGGCUGGACAAACUAGUUACACCGGAGUUAUCGAUGCAGUCCGCAAAAUUUGGAGGGAAGAAGGCGGGAAAGCUUUCUGGAGUGGGGCGGGUGCUCGUGUGAUACGAUUUGCUCCACAAUUUGGUGUGACAUUGGGUGCGUAUGAAGUUCUUCAAAGAUUUUGCGACGUUGAUUUCGGGGCGAGAUGAUAUAAUAGUUUAAUUGGGUUCGUGGUUUUGUGGGUUUAAUUGUGUUUGGUAUUUAGUAUUUUUCUUAUACAUGUAUCUAUGAAUAAAAUACUGCUAAGGUUCC